AUGUCGGCUUUGACUAGUCAGUUUGUCCGUCGGGGCGUUGACGUCGCCUACGCCAACUUCCAGGCACAAGACCCUGACAAGAAGCCACCCUCGGGGCUGCAGGUCCUUGGGCUAGUCUUGACUGCUCUGGUGCUCAGCCUGGCCAUGUUCUCCGUCGAGUACACCUACAACUGCGUUAUUGCGACCCUGGCCGCCAUCGAGGACUCCAACCCGGAUAUCUACAUCCGCGUCGACGGCGAUGACAUCAAUAAGCCUGUGGACCCCAACAGCCCGGAGCCGCAGCCGGAGGUGGUCGACCAUCCUGCGCCCGUCACCAGCAAGCUGCGUCGCGCCGUGAAGCACCUCCGCUCCCGCGGCGGCUUCUGGUCGCGCUUCCGUGGUCUGUCCAUGUAUAUCGUCAUCGGCCUGGCCCACAGCUUCCUCGUCGGAGUCAUGCCCAUCCCUAUUACCUCUUUCCUGGGCCAGAUUAUUGUUCAGCCUCUGGUCAGCGUCAUCCUGUCCACCUGGCAUAUGGCGUGGGUGCAUAUAGUCAUUUCAGAGCCUUCCCCCAAGCGCUUCUGGCAGCGCAUCCCCAGCUACCGUACAUUCUUGAAGAUUGCCCCCGCUGCGGCUCUCGAGAGUGUCCUCACCUGUGCUGCUCUCCUGCUGCCCCUGGCUAUCGCCAAGGCCGCGGGUUGGAUCAACAUGGAGCCCGAUAUGGACCACGCCGCUUCGGACAUGUUUCAUUACCUGGCCGUUAGUGCCCUCCCUGCUCUCCUGUCUUUCCUCAUCUCCAUUCCCGGCCGUGUGAUUUUCAUCCGUGUGGCGGCCUCGAUGCUGCCCGAGGAGAACGAGACCAUCGUGCCCUUUGACCGCUCGUUCGGCGGCAAGGUCGAGCCCUCAAUCGUGGGUGGCAGUGGCAAGAUUGGUCUGCUCGACGCAUGGAAUACUUUUGACUGGGCUGGUCGUGUCCGCUUCGUCAAGGUCAUUGCAAAGGCCUUGGCCAUCGAAGCGGCACUGGUGGUGCUCGCUGUGGUGGCCUUGGUCGUCCAGUUUGCCGCCAUGCCCUCGAACACCGACUCGCCCAAGGAGGUGCCUCCUCAGUAG